AUGAUUGUUUCCAUGCAACUGGGCUUCGCCAUGCUGGAAGUGGGAUGCGUGAGACAAGAGCAUCGCAUGACAGUGCUGGCAAAGAAUCUGCUUGACACCAUGGUCUCCAGUUUGUCCUUCUCAUUGGGCUGUGAGAUUUUCCAGCCCAGCAUUGUCAAGCAGGAUGGAGUCGUGGAAAAUCACUUGAUCUUCCUGCACUGGGCCUUUCUCUCCACCUCAGUGACGAUUUGUUCUGGAUCCAUGGCGGAGCGUGCUCACCUGGCAGCAUACCUAUGCUAUGCGGUGCUGAUGUCAGGCUUGGCGUACCCCAUCCUGGCAGACAGUGUCUGGGGUGAUGGUACAGGUGCUGGCUUCUUGUACCAUCAAUUCCACCCCUCCGGUGGACAUAGCUAUUACGACUACGCCGGGGGUGGUGUCAUCCACCUGGCUGGCGCGAUGGCAGCUUUGGCCGGCAACUUGCUGUUGGGACGUCGAAUCCUGCGACCUCCACCCAAGGACCUAAGUCAUACACAAGGCGAUGAUACAGCGCAGCUGAAGGAGGCGAUCCAGGAGACGUGGCAACGGCGCUUCGACCGGGCCGAGGACGAUGAGAAGGAGUUUCGCCCCAACAGCUACUUACAGGUCAUGGGCGUCUUGAAUCUCUGGGUGGGUUGCUAUGGCUUCAACGCAUCGCCAGCUUUUGUGCGUAGAGAUCCGCACCGUGUAGAGAUCGCCUCCUUGAGCGCCUGGAACACCACGCUGGCCGCGGGCGCUGGAGCAUGUGGAACCUUUCUGCACUCGUGCAUCUUUCAUAAGAACAUGCAGUUGGGUUUCAUUUGCAAUGGACUUUUAUCCGGCCUGGUCUGUUUGACGGUAGCAUGUGACAUUUUGACACCUGCAGCUACCGUCCUGCUUGGCUUCUUGUGUGGUUUCCUGGUGUACCCUGCAGGCAGCUAUGCUCUCAAAAAGAUGCGGAUUGACGACCCUGCAGAUGCUAUCCCCGUUCACGGCGGCUCCGCGAUUUUUGGGAUCCUCUCGGUGGCCUUCUGUACUCCUUCCUGCGACACUGAGAGUGGAUCCGCGUACGGACAUCAUGUAUUCUGUGCUGAUCACCAUACCAUUGGUGGUCAGCUGUUGGUGCAGCUCCUUGGUGUUGGGACCAUCCUGGUUUGGAUUUCUUGCGUGAUUUUUCCGGUUUGGGCCAUCUUUUUGGUGUCGGAGUUUGUCUACGCCUUGGAAUUGGAGCAGCUUUCUGACACCUACGAGCGUGCCGCCUGCCACGUUGAUCUAGAGGCAGCCAGACUUUCGUUGGAGGCGCCGGGGUGGGCUCAUUGGGAAGAUGCGCAAGGAGUCAUGGAUUUCCUUCAUUUCAAUCGCACGGAUCGAAUGGAAACGUGCUGUGCCACGCGUUUCUACGCGUUUAAAGAUGCAGCGGCUGCGAGUGACUUCCGUCAAGACAUGGUGGAAGCGAUCCACAGCUCAAAAACGGCCCUCGAGAUGGACGGUGUGGCUGUUCGGCUGCUUCACGGCAUCUUGGGCGGAAAACGACGGAUUUUGGAUUUGGGAUCCCUGGGGAUUUCAGCCAAAAAUGCAUUGCUCGACAAUUUGCACGGACACUUGGCAGAUAGGUUCCGCUGCUUUCGCGAGCUGGCUCGGAUCCGCUUGCGCAUCGCGCCCUUUGCAGAGUUAUCAGGGCUUGGUGCCAUGGCCGGGACCGGAAAGGAGGUGGCCGAGAUCAUCAGAGAAGUUUUAGAAAUCGUCACAGAUUCCCAUGGUGAGGAGCGCAAAGGCGGAAUGCCACUGCAGCUUCAGGUGGAGCAGCUGCGACGUCAGGUGCAAAAUCAAGGCGUGCUGUUGCAACGCCUCAGUCGAAAUAAGCGCUACGCAGGCUACCGCAGCCUGACACCGCGCCUGGCGAGCGUCACGGAGGCCGAGGCCGAGCAGCCGGUGCCGGCGCCGGCGCCGGCGGAACGCGCGGACCUGGCCAGGGCUGCCACGGAGAGGUCCAACUCUCCGAAAGCCCCCAGCACCGACGCCACACGUGGCCCACGCCACGAGCAGCCCAUGCUGCCCAUUGGCUCUCCCCGCGGGCGUCCGCUGCAGCGCGAGGAGACCGGGGACUUGGCGCAGCUCCACGCGACCAACCGCAGCCAGACGCCCGAGGAGCGGCCGCUGCGGCGGGAGGUCACCAGUCGAUCGCUUCAGUCUGCCAGCACAGUGUCAGACAAGAGUAUGGGCCUCAUCACGCCGCGCUCGGAGGGAGAUGAAACGCCACCGCCCACCAUGUAUGGAUGCGCCCAUGGUGGCUACCGGCAACGACGAAGCACCGUGAGUAGCGGUCAAAGGGAAGAAGUCGCGCUGCAAGUCAUGGCCACGCAACUGGCAAAUCUCCUGCAGGCCCAACAGCGAUUGGCGUCCUCACUACCGGACUUGAGAAAUGAAGAUUUUCACAGGCAACUCGUCGCAGCGUUGGAGCGCCGCGAGAGCGCCUCAUCGGCGCGUUCUGGGUCUGAGCGUUCCAGUCGAUUCGAGGCCACCCCUUGUCCUGAGACAGGAGCUGCCCUAUGA